AUGAGCUUCGGUCAGCCCUCGCAGAAUCUUGGCAGACCUGAAAUGUACGAGGAAGUACGACUUUGGAAGAAUCCUCGUGAACGUGAGAGAUAUGACAACAUGGCUGAUGUAUUUUCCAUCAUCACAACGUUACAAGCGUUAGAGAAGGCUUAUAUUAAAGAUGUUGUAGAACCAGCUCAAUACACAAGGCAAUGUGAAAGCUUAUUGGCAAAAUAUACAGCUGCUUUUGGGCAAAUUCGAGGCGAAUUCCCACACAUCGAAGAUUUCGUUCAUAAAUACAAACUUGAUUGUCCAGCGGCUCUAUUACGUAUUCGUGAAGGUCGUCCUAUCACUGUUCGUGAUGAUCGUGGUAAUAUGGGAAAAUCCAUUGCAGAAACUGUCUCGCUUUUUAUUAAUCUUAUGGAUAAACUUAAAUUGAAUAUGCGAUCGAACGACAUGCUGCAAACCGAUGUUCGGGAACUAUUGGAUGUUAUCAAUCGCAUGAAUAUUAUUCCAUCGUCUUACAUCGGUCGAGAAAAGAUUCCUAAAUGGUUGAAUCUAUUAGUUAAUAUGAAUGCCGUCGAAGAAAUAACUGACGAACAAGCACGUGAAUUUCAAAUGGAUCUUGAAAUAUGUUAUAAUGAUUUCAGUCGACUUCUCGCCAGUAAUGGAUAG